CGUCCCUGAUCUCCAGUGUGUGUGUGUUUUUUUUUUAAUCUUUGAGCCAAUUUUAAAUUCUUGAACAUGGAGAUUCCACUCUGCCUUACGCUCAUCCUUCUCAGUGCUACUUUGGUGAUGAUCAAGUCGGUCCAUUCGCAGACAACACAAGGGUUCUUGAACUUGGCUUGCGGGAUGAUGCCCGGGAACAACACUUUCAGCGACGGAAGCGCGGGAUUAACGUACACUUCGGAUGCUAAUUUCGUCGACAGCGGAGUCCCGGGAAUGAUCCAGAACGGGUACAGGCCGUAUUCCUCGAAAUGGUUAUGGUACGUGAGGAGCUUUCCCGAAGGAACGCGGAACUGUUACAACCUGAACGCCACUCAGGGGGAGAAGUAUUUGGUCAGAGCCAUAUUUGUGUACGGAAACUACGAUAAUCGGAGCGAGUGGCCGAUCUUCGAUGUGUAUAUAGGACCAAACAAGUGGACCACGGUCGAUCUUAACGCAUCAAAGUCUGGCCAGACAAACGAGAUCAUUCAUAUACCGAGAUCGGACAAUUUGCAAGUGUGUCUUGUUAAGACAGGGAACACAACGCCUGUCAUAGCUACCUUGCAGCUCCGGCCGACGAGCAAGGAUAUCUACAAGAGUCAAGACGGAUCUCUCGCGCUGUUCAUACGGAACUACUUAUCCAAUGGCACGACAAAGCUUACGAGGUUCCCGAAUGAUGUUUACGAUCGAAUUUGGUAUCCGUACUUUGAUUCCAAUUCUUGGAAUUGGUUGAACACCACGCUCACGGUUAGCACGUCUGACCAGCUCCAGCCCCCCGAACGCGUUAUGCAAACGGCUGCAACACCUAAGAACUCGAGCGAGCCCUUAGUUAUUCGGUGGCAGUUUGAAGAUCCGAGUUCUAUAAUGUAUUUUAGCCUGUAUUUCUCCGAGAUUGAAGAGUUAAAUCCGAACGAGACGAGAGAGUUCAACAUUAUGGUGAACGGCACGCUUUGGUAUGGACCUAUUACGCCUCUAAGAUUGCGGAGUACAACGAUAUCCUCGAAGUUUCCCAAGGACUGUCCAGGAGGACAUUGCACGAUUCAGCUCGUUAGGACCUCAAGAUCGACUCGUCCGCCACUCCUCAACGCUUGCGAGGUGUACACCGCCGUCGAUCUUCGGAAUUUCGAAACUGUCCAGGAAGAUAUUGAUUCUAUCAAGAGAAUAAAGGAAGUGUAUGGAUUGAACAGAAAAACGUGGCGAGGGGACCCUUGUUCGCCUAUCGAGUUCUUGUGGGAUGGCCUGAACUGCAUCUAUGAUAACAACAAUCGACCUCGAAUCACUUCCUUGAACUUAUCUUCUAGUGGGCUUAUAGGAAGCGUAUCGACGGAGUUUCAGAAUCUGACCCUUUUGAAAGAACUGGACUUGUCGAAUAAUAGCCUGACUGGAGGAGUGCCCGAGUUUCUCGCUGCAAUGAGAUCGCUGUCUUUCGUAGACUUAAGUGGCAACAUGCUUAACGGUCCAAUCCCCGAUGCCCUUCUUGAUAGAAUGAAGAAUGGAUCGCUAAGGCUAUCUGCUCAAGGGAAUCCAAAUCUUGACAAUCAAUCAGAUGUCAACAAGAUUCGCAACAAAGAUAAGAAGCAUGUAUCUGUUAUAGCGAUAGUAGCAACCAUCGUUCCGUUGCUUGCAGCUGCAAUCUUAUUCGGAAUCUUUUUCGCAUAUCGAAAGAGAUCAACGGCCAAGAGAGGUCCACUUCCGGCGUCCAAAACCCAAAAAUCGUUUCAAAUCGAACGAAGAUUUUCUUAUACCGAUAUCAUAAGGAUGACAAACAACUUUGACAAAGUGCUCGGAAGAGGAGGAUUCGGUGUCGUGUAUCACGGUUUCUUGAAUGAGACUGAACAAGUCGCAGUGAAGGUUUUGUCCGAGCCAUCAGUUCUAGGUCUUAAGCAGUUCGAAGCCGAGGUUGAGCUUCUUCAAAGAGUCCACCACAAGAAUUUGGUGCACCUCGUCGGCUACUGCGACGAAGGGGAUCAAUCGGCCCUCAUCUACGAGUACAUGGCCCAUGGUGAUCUGAAAAAUCUGUUGUCGGGAAAACAUCGUACCGAGGCGUUGAGUUGGACGACAAGAUUGAAAAUAGCUACCGAAGCGGCGCAAGGGUUGGAGUAUUUGCACAAUGGUUGUACACCGCCGAUGGUUCACAGGGACAUAAAGACUUCGAACAUUCUGUUAGACGCCGAUUUUCAGGCAAAAGUGGCCGACUUUGGGCUGUCGAGAUCUUUCGGAUCCGAGGGCAGUACGCAUACAUCGACGAUUUUUGCAGGCACGCCUGGAUAUGUCGAUCCCGAGUACCGAAUGACGGGAUGGCCAACCGAGAAGAGCGAUGUGUACAGUUUCGGGAUAGUUCUAUUGGAGAUACUGACGAACCAGCCGGUGAUAGACAACAGGCGAGAGGGACAGCAUAUUACGGAAUGGGUCCAAAACGUGGUCGAGAAAGGGGAAAUCAUGGACAUUAUGGAUCCGAGGCUGGGAGGAGAGUUCAGAACGGAUUCGGUCUGGAGAGUGGUCGAAGUGGCGAUGGACUGCGUGAACCUUUGUUCGACCAGAAGGCCGAGCAUGAGCCACGUGGCCGUGGAACUGAACCAGUGUUUAGCCUCCGAGAUCUCAGGACGUAACAACAACAACAAUGAUUCUGAGAUUAGUAUGAGUUUGGCUUUUUCCAAUGAGUUCAAUCCCAUAGCAAGGUAGAUCUAUGAAAUCAUUCGCCACUCAUGCAUUGCAUGCAGUUCUUUGUAUAACCUAAUGUCCGUCGUUAUAUUC